AUGUCCGGCUCUUCCCCAGCAGACACGAAGAUGGAGGGACUGAACAUGGACCACAAUCAAACGCCUCCACCCAUCCCAUCCGACGAACCAAAGUAUGGUGGCUUCACGAGGUUUGAAAUUGAGCUGGAGUUCGUCCAAUCCCUCGCCUCACCCCUCUACCUCAACCAUCUCGCGUCGCAGAAAUACCUCGAGAACCCAGCUUUCAUUGCAUAUCUCAGCUACCUACAAUACUGGAAACAUCCUCCCUACUCGAAGUUCCUCAACUACCCUGGUCCGACUCUGAAGAAUCUAGAACUAUUACAGCAAGAGAAGUUCAGAACAGAUAUAUUGAGCCCCGAUACUGUCGCAAGGUUAUUUGAGGAGGGUGUCAAGAAGGCGUUGGAGGGACCUGGGAGUUGA